AUGCCCGAUUUCAGCACCGAAGACUUCCACGCCGCCAACCAACUCGUCUCCAACAUCCUCACCGGCACGCGCACUGCCCCAAAGAAAUACCUCGACUUACAAGCAAACCUACAAUUUCUCAGCCAGCUCCUCAAUGAGCUUGAAAAACAAGCCAAGAAUCCCUUCUCUAUCCUUAGACAGCGAUGUCACGACCGCAGGAGAGAAUGGCUGGGGAUUGUUGACAGCUUGGGAAACACGCUUUGUGAUAUUCAGGAUAGCAUGAAGCGGUCCUGCAUGUCAGCCUGGACGCGCUGGUUCCGCUAUAGCCGCAAACGCACCUCAUUCAAAACACUUAAGCGAGACCUCAAGCUCGCUGUAAGCGAUAUCAAGAUGUUCGUUGAGAGUCUAGGACUUUCGCCAUUAGGGAGACAGGAGCCUGUGUUAGGGAUGGUGGAGAGGCUGUUGGUGGAGGAGGUGAGGGGGGAGAGGGCGGGUGAGAGGAGGAGUUUGGCUGUUUUGGCGGCGCAUGAGACGAAUGAUCCGGUUGUUUGGGAGGAGGUGAGGAGGAUUCUGGUGGGGAGGGGGGUGGAUGAGGGGGAGUUGGGGAGGAGGUGUGAUGGUGGGAGGUUGAGGCAGGUGGUUCAUUGGGUGGUGAAGAAUGAGCCGGAUAUUACGGCGGUGAUGGAGAUGCAGGAUGGGGAGUUGGAGUUGGAGAGGAAGGAUCUGCGGCGUGGGUAUGGUUUGAAAGCGUAG